CCAGGAUGAAAAGAUUUAUUCUGUUGGGAGGUACGCUUACGAUGCCACUAACCAGUGUAUCCACAUCGGGGAGACGGGGACUUACGAUCACAAGAACUUCACCUACGAGGCCCUGAUGCUCUACAAGGAGGGUGUCAUGUACACGAUCCACCGCCACGACCAAACUUGUGAGAAGACGGCCCUGUCACCUUCUAGCUUCGAACCAUUGGGGGUCCCUUCAGAUGCCUCAUUUAUGAGUCAGAUAGCGCUGGGAACACUAGCCUAUCCUCAACAGGGGUUGUUGGUCAAUGUUUGGACAGGAACAUUUCCUGACAACUCAGGGUAUCUGAUGUCCUUCACUGAUGUCGGUUGUCUGCCUGUAUCUGGUUUCUACCAACAAAAAGACAGAGGAAUGAUGAUUCUGAGCUACAGCGACAACGUGCUUGGGGUGAAGGACCCUGAUGUGUUCGUGCCGCCGCCAUUUUGUCAGAGUGCCAAGCUGAAGGUGAACGGGGAUGGAGAAAAGAGGGCUCCCUUCUUCUUCAGCGUCUUUCAGUGAGAGGAGAAAAGAAUGGAGAGACAUCACGACAUGCUGUGUCUCAGCGUCUGAUCGAAACUGAUGCACUAACAGAGACAUGAUUUUUUUUUUUUUUUGUCUUGCCUGAGGUUGUUUCUUUUUAAUAGACAGGCCACUUCACACAAUUCUGCAGUUAAACUGAAAACUUAUCGGGAGAUGAGAUCAGGAGUGUUAUAUUCAAACAAAUGUAUGCUGAAAGCUAGACUGUCUAGCUUUAGUAGGCCAUCUACUGUGUUGUGUUCCAUUGAAAAGCACAU